AUGCUUGAGCGGGCAUUUGUAUGUGCUCAAUGCACAACACGAUUGGGUCGGUCAUCUAUACUAAGGCCCACUCUAAAGCUGGCGGUCUCGUCCUCAGUACGCCGUUUGAGCAGUCAUGCUGCUCAAGUUGAUCGACCAGCCCGCAUCGCGAUUGUGGGCUCGGGUCCUGCAGGAUUCUAUGCAGCAGCGCGUCUACUGAGCAAGCAUCAAGAUGCAGUUGUGGAUAUGUAUGAGAAGCUUCCGGUGCCAUUUGGUUUGGCUCGGUAUGGUGUAGCCCCGGAUCAUCCCGAAGUAAAGAAUUGCGAAGAUAAAUUCACCGAAGUCGCAACCUCUUCCCGCUUCAACUUUGUCGGCAACAUCGACCUCGGCAAUGACCUGCCUCUCGCCGCACUCAAGCCCCAUUACGAUGCCAUCCUAUUCGCAUAUGGAGCCUCUAAGGAUAAAGAGCUAGGAAUACCCGGUGAGAAGGCUCUGCGUAGCGUGUACUCUGCCCGAGCCUUUGUUGGAUGGUACAACGGUCUUCCCGAACAUCGGGAUCUCCAACCCGACCUGACCAGCGGCGAGGACGCUGUUAUCAUUGGCCAGGGUAACGUGGCACUUGAUGUUGCCCGGAUCUUACUUUCGGAUGUGGAUGCCCUCAGAAGCACUGAUAUUGCCGAUUAUGCGGCGGAGACGCUCUCCAAGAGCCGGAUUAAGCGCGUGCGUGUUGUUGGUCGUCGAGGACCGUUGCAGGCUUCCUUCACCAUCAAAGAAAUUCGAGAACUCCUUCAACUUCCCUCUGUGUCCUUCGACCCCAUUCCGCAGGAUAUUUUCCCUCCCGGGGAUGUCAUCAACGGGCUACCCCGAGCACAGAAGCGACUGAUGCAGCUCCUUGCCAAGGGCUCCGCCAAUGCUGCCCAGACUGCGACCAAGUCAUGGUCCUUGGACUUCCUUCUCUCGCCCGACUCCCUUCACUGGUCACCUAUGCAUCCAUACCGACUCACACAUACCAAAUUCUCCCGCAAUGAACUCGACCCUGCGGAUCGCUACAGCCCCAGCUCCAAGGUGACGCCAAAGCACCUAUCCAGUGGCAAGCGUGCUAUGGUGAACUUGUCUUCUAGUGUCUUCUUCCGCAGCGUCGGCUACAAAUCGCUUCCCCUGCCUGGCAUGGAGGACCUAGGUAUCGAAUUUGAUUCCCAGCGCGGUAUCAUUCCUAAUGAUGGGUUCGGUCGAGUUACGAGCCCCUCGGGCUGGGGUGAAUCUCAAAAGUUGCCUGACGGCUCAUUGAUCGCCUACCUGCCCGGCCUGUAUUGCGCUGGAUGGGUCAAGCGUGGUCCGACAGGUGUCAUUGCCUCCACCAUGGCCGAUGCAUUCACCACUGCCGAUACCCUGCUGAAAGACUUGGCAACCAAGAAGGACUCUCAAUCACCACUACAGGCCGCCGAUCCGAGCAGUUGUCUCGGUUGGGAUGCAGUCAAGACCGAGGCUGCCAGCCUUGGCCUACGCACAACUUCUUGGCAAGACUGGCAACGUAUCGAUGCAGCCGAGCGUGAACGAGGUCAACAAAAGGGCAAGGUCCGCGAUAAGUUUGGACGAGUGGAAGAAAUGCUUGAAGUAAUCGGAUAA